CGUGCGUCGCCAUUGUAGCUUCACCGCCGCAACGUCGCUAAAUCGCAUCGGUGGCGAGAACGCGAAUAUCAAUGAAAUGUCAAGGAGCGGCGGACCGUGCGUUGUUACUCUUAAUCGCGGCGAAACCGUCCCGAAAACACACUCGUUAAAAAAACGCGCCGGGGCCGGUCAGUGUGCAGGAUCGAAAUUCGAGCUCGUUUCGCCACCGCUUUUCAUAAUCCUCAAUAAUUUCAUGCCGCACCAUACGAAUGCCAAAGUGUCGUGUCCCGCUCGUCGUUGGAUUCUGAGGAGGAAUUAGUCGAGGUGAAAAUAAUCGGCUGUGACGAAUCGAAAAUUGCUCCCAAAACGACGGUUCCUCAAAGGAUUCAACAUCGUUCCAUUAUCUCUGACGGUGGGUAACACCGUUCAACGUCCAACUGGGAAAGAUACGUCAUGGAUUUAUGCAGUUUCGCGUAGCCGGAUGGACGUCCGCACGUUUCUCGAUAAAUAAGCAAACUCGAGUCGAAAAUAAUAAGAAGCAAAAACCAGACGGCUUUACCCCGGAAUGCCGCCCAUCGCGCACCGCUGACCUACAUGCAAGCUGCAAGUGCUGCAACAUCGUGCACCAGAUCCAGCAGCAACCAGUCUCGCAGUCUCCUCGACACGCCAUCGGGGAAAGAAGAGUCGUGUCCUCCGCCGAUCGGAAGAGCGGCAAUCGUUGACCGACGCCGACCUUGGUUUGACCUUGGUGGAACCGGGACUAAGGCUCGCGCGAAAAGUGACCGAGCGUUGAAUUGUGGCGGAACAGAGGGAGCCACUCAUUAAGAUAUCCUACGCCUUGAGCGAGGGAAACGUCAAGGGGUUUGUUUACAAAAGACCACCACCCAUUCGAUUCGCCAUGAGUGAACAGGACGUCGAUGAUGUUGCCUUCUUGACAGGGGACAGCAACACCGGGCUGCACAAACGGAGCAUAUAUGAGCAAAAUGGAGUUGCCGUGUGUUCGCAAAAGAGAGCAUUGUGCAUCGCGACUGUCGUCUUUGCAAUCCUCUUCGCCGUAUCUCUCAUAAUCGCUUUCGCCGGUCCGCAAAACGACUGUCCUUGUGCCGGAGAAAAACCAGCGAAUCUUGAGGCUGAGGAUGAGGGCGACGACGGCGGUCCCUUCGCUACCAAUGGAGAGGUGUUCCCGUGGAACAACGUCAGGCUGCCGACAUUUGCCCAUCCAACGAGGUACAACAUCACGAUUCACCCAAAUCUAACGACACUGGAAGUUAAGGGCCAAGUCACCAUCGAAUUCUACGUCGACAAAGAGACCAAUUUCAUCGUCUUCCAUAGUAAAAAUUUGACAAUAAAUGAAAAGAUGAUCCAGGACCGCAAGGGUCACCGCCUCAAGAUUUCCCAACUAUUAGAAUACCCGAAACACCAACAGCUUUACUUAGAAUUAGAGGAGAGUAAAUUUCGCAAGAGAGGAAAUUAUACAGUGCACCUCAGGUUCACUUCCAAGCUCGGGAAUGAGCUCGAAGGUUUCUAUCUCAGCAGCUACGUUACGGCGGAUGGGGAUAAGAGGCAUUUAGCAACGACGCACUUCGAGCCGACUUACGCAAGAUCUGCAUUCCCCUGUUUUGACGAGCCUCAAUUCAAGGCAAAGUUCAAAAUGUCCAUAUUUCGGGACAGGUUUCACAUAGCUCUGUGCAACAUGCCCGUCGUCAAUACCGAGGACGCCGGAUUUUACAUGGGAACCGGGCUGAACAACUCGUUCUCACAGCUCCGGGACGACUUCCAAGAGUCGGUCGAAAUGUCGACGUACCUCGUCGCUUUCGUGGUCUGCGAUUACAAACGGGUCACCGAGAUGACCUCGAGAAACGUUUCCGUCAGCGUUUACGCACCGGAAGCGAUGCUGCCGCAAGCCCAGUUCGCCGUUAAAACAGCAGCGAAAAUAAUGGACUAUUUCGAGGGUUACUUCGGGAUCCAUUACCCGCUUCCUAAACAGGACCUGAUAGCGAUACCCGACUUCGCCGCAGGCGCGAUGGAAAACUGGGGCCUGAUAACCUACAGGGAAACUUCGAUCCUCUACGACCCGGAAGAAACGUCGACCGCGGCUCACCAAUGGGUCGCCAUCGUCGUUGCCCACGAGUUGGCUCAUCAGUGGUUCGGCAACUUGGUCACGAUGAAGUGGUGGAACGAUUUGUGGCUAAACGAGGGCGUCGCUAGCUUCCUCGAGCACAAGGGCGUCGACCACGUCGCUCCCGAAUGGGGGAUGAUGAACCAAUUCAUCCUCGACAAGACCCAGUCCGCCCUUCACCUCGACGCCUUGGCCAGCAGCCACCCGAUCAGCGUCCCGGUAAAAGAUCCCUCGGAGAUCGAGGCCAUAUUCGACACCAUAAGCUACAACAAGGGGGCCGCGAUUCUCUACAUGCUGGAGGAGUUUCUCCUUGAGGAGGUCAUGAAGAAGGGGCUCAACGACUACCUCAACACCCACAAAUACGGGAACGCUGACACCAACGAUUUGUGGGCCGUUUUCACCAAGCAUGCAAAUCACUCUUUCGAUGUCAAGAGCAUAAUGGACACCUGGACCCAGCAAAUGGGCUUUCCGCUGAUAACGAUCAGUCGCGAGGGCAACACGAUACUCGCUACUCAAAAACGACUGCUUCUAUCACCUCGUGAGAACGACACCGAUCUGUUGACGCCGAAAUCGCCGUUCGACUACAAGUGGUACGUUCCGCUGAGCUAUUACACGAACUUGCAGCCCCGAGUGACGACGAACGUUUGGAUGAACCUGACAGACGUGUCCUUCGAAGUUCCUCCGGCGGUGGAAUGGAUCAAGGUUAACGUUAAUCAGACAGGAUUUUACCGGGUGAAUUACUCCGAAGAUAUGUGGACCUCGAUAAUCACGACGCUUCACAACAACCACACCGUUUUCACACCCGCCGAUCGGGCCAGCCUCAUAGACGACGCUUUCACCCUCUGCAGGGCCGGGAUUCUGAACGCGACUAUCCCUCUGAAGCUCUCGCUCUACCUCUUGAACGAGCGCGACUUCGUCCCUUGGUCCACGGCCAUCGAGCACUUGGAGUCCUGGUCCAAGAUGAUGAGCGAGACCGCUGGCUUCAAAAAGUACAUCGCGUUCAUGAAGACGUUGUUGGGACCCGUAACCGCGUACGUUGGUCUCAACGACACGGGAUCCUAUUCGACCAGGCUGCUUCGGAGCAACGUUCUUGAGGCAGCGUUAAUCGCGAACAUCGAGGGUGUGGUUAAGCCGGCAAAACUGUUGUUCAAGAACUGGAUGGAAAAGGGUACUCGGAUACCGCCGAAUCUUCGAGACCUCGUUUACGCCGCUGGGAUAAAAUACGGCGGGGAAAAGGAUUGGAACUACUGCUGGAACAUGUACAAGAAAACGCAGAUUCCGAGCGAAAAGGUCAUCCUUUUGAAGGCGCUCGGUCAGUCUAUGGAUCCGUGGAUCCUGCAACGUUUCUUGCUCGCAUCCCUUGACAGGGAGGAAAUCAGGCCGCAGGAUGUCGAACCCGUAAUUGCCGUCGUCGCCCAUAAUCCGGAGGGCCAAUUCCUCGCGUGGCGACAUCUCAAAGCUUACUGGCCCAGAUUUCAGACCAUGUUCGGCAACGGCACCUUCACUCUCAGCGGAUUCAUUACAGUUGUUACUUCAACGUUCUGCACCGAGUACGAUCUCCAGGAGGUUUCGGAGUAUUUCAAAAAGGUUGAAGUGGGCAGCGGCCAGCGAGCCUUGGAACAGAGCUUGGAGACUAUAAGAUUGAAUAUUCACUGGGUGAAGGAAAACGCGGAGACCAUCAAUCAGUGGCUGCACAAUUAUUUGAAAAUCGAUAAAAGCUAGGCGAAGAAUUAUCGCGAGCGAAGGUAAAUGUAUAAAUUAUUUUAAAAGCCUUGAAUAACGGCGGAAACAUUCAUUCACUAUAAAUUUUUGAAAGUAAGCAACGUGGAUAAAGCUAGUCCAGAAUUUUUCUAUCCUCUACGGAUACCGAUGUGAGGGUCAAUAGCGAAUUUAUAUUUACGAUGAAAAUCAGAAUAAAUAAAUAUUAGAUUGAAAACUAAUUAUGAAAGAUGAAAAAAAAAAGAAAGAAAAACGUCCGGUCGUUGUGUUUAAUGAGAUGAUGUAGUAGAUUAUUUCGAAUAUGUAGAGAAUUCCCUGUUAUACAACCUUACCUGCCUGAGGAUAAAAUUAAGAGUGUGUAUAGAGAGAAAAAAGUGCUCUACACAUAUAUUUCUCAUCACUCGACUGUCAAUUCCCAAACGGCGUGCUUAUUUUGAAUUAUAAAAAAAAAGUUUUAAAAAAAAUUAAUGAUAAUUAAACGAAUAAAUAAAAUCUUAAGUCAAUCGAUAAGUAAAUUCAUAGGGACCUGCGAAAUCGCUAGUACUGCCUUAAAAUGCACUUUGCAUAUCUGGAAACAAAAAAUGUUUAAUUAUUAAUCAGUUGAUUGAAUACUGAAAUAAAAUUACUUCCUAUUUUGUCGUUCCUAACGAGGUAAGGCGACAUCAAAGAUAAAUAAAAGUAAUAAUUAAAAACAUCUUAUUAAUCGAUCCGAUCGAAAUGUAUAAUAAUAAAUCGCAUACUUAGCAAUGAAAAUUUAAUAUUAACGCGGUCAAAGUUGUACGAUGUAGAUGUGAAUCCAUCCAAAUUAAUAACGGUUGAGCAAUGAGUAUCUAAUACGUCGAUUAGGUCUAACGUCGACGAAAGUUAAAAGGCAAACAUGGUUUUACGUUAUUCUUAUUGUAAGUGUAACUUUGCCGGACCUAUUAGAAUAUCAUUCAACGCACUUGCAGCGUUACGAAUGAAAGGUUACACUGCUAUCUGAAAAUAUUCCAAUACCAGACGCUGAAUCAGGGUCAAGUCCUUAGUAUGUAAUUGCAGACUAUGAAGAGAGCUGAAGAGAUGUACGUACACCCGUUGUAUACCUACCUAUGUACAAUAACACAUAACAAUAAUAAUCCGUGGGUGUGAAAAGGUCUAAAACGAACUUUAGCUUUGGUAAAACUUAAGUAGCAUAUCAAACAAAAUCUAUAUAUAAUAUUAUAUUAUAUAUACAGUUAGUGAAUAAAUUUACAUUUAAUGUCAUACGUUGUGACACUAUUUAUGUAUAGAAACGUUAGUCAACAACUGAUUAAUCAUUCAGCGCCAAAUGCAUUAGACUUAUAAAUUAGAUGUAAAUGAAACUGUAACGUUAAAAUCAAAAAAAAAAAAAAAAAAUUGAAAUCAAAGCUGAAGAAAAAAAAAAAAUUGAAAUAGGUUUCGUACGCCAUGUGUUCAUGUUGCUGAAAUCAAUCCGUACAGCCUAAUUAAAAAGGCCUGAUAGUUAAUUUUACGAAUUAUUUGCUUUCUCUUAAAGAGAAAAUAUCAUAAUUAUUUACUUUGACAUAUGAUGAAAGUAAUUGACCGACGAGAAACGAUUCUCAGAAUUUGUUUUCAGUAAUUGUUGGCGUAAGAAAACUAAGAGAUGUAGGAUCUAAUUUGAAUUUCAAUGCACACAUAAAGUGAUACGUGAAGAGUAUCUCUGUACGGGUAUACGCGUGUGCUUAAUGUGACGGGAUAUUGUCGUUGACGUACUUACUUGUCCUUAUUAAAUAACGAGAAAAAAAGAUCGAGUUUGAAAUAUUUGUAGUAAAAAAAUUUGUCGUGUAUCAUCGUUGAAUGUUCGUCAAGCAGAAAAAUCUUUACUAAUUGAAGGUAAGAUUUACUCUGUGCUUAGAAUUAAUUGCUAUAGUAAUUAGUUAUAAAAUUGAAAUGGCAGUAAGAAGCUUAAACUGUAAAACAGAACAAAAAGAACCGAGCACGAAGUCAGAACAAGAAUUAUGAUCGAUUCGUAUGUGAUGCAGCUCCAGAAAAAAAAAAUUCCUGCUGGCAGCAUGAAUAAUUUCUUCUUUCCCACUGUAAAUAAAUGAACACGUUUUUCAUGAUAUUUCAUUUCGAUAGAUUUUUAUACACGGCUAUAUUUUUGACAAAUUAUUAUCGUAUUUACGCACAACUUAUAGACCUAUGCCCACUUCUGCUGUAUAGGAUGGGUUAACAACGUUGGAAAUGCGAUGUAAAUAGCAUAUUUUUUCACAAAACAAUCUUCUCUUGUACGACAUAUUAUGGUAAUGAUUAGAAAUUUUUUAAUUUUUAUUUUCUAGUUCAUACGCGCCUGCGUUUUACUAUAAAAACUUUAUCCGAGCACUGUUAUUACACACGAGAUAUAUUCGGGGACAUUUUUGUCGGAACAUUUUGUUCGUAUUUCUGUAAAUUUGAUAAAUAAAAGAGUUCAUGUUUGAAAAAAAAGGGAAACUACUGCACGCACGAUUUUUGUAAUCUGAAAUUUUUCGCAAUAUACAUACUUAUGAUCAUUACACCUAUGUAUA